AUGAUGAGCUGCGGAGUGUGGUGCCUCGAAAUUUACGGCCAAAUCUUUCCAUGUCGGCCUUGGGUUUGCGUGCCCGUGGCCAGCUUGGCCGGAGACGAAGCAGCGGCAACUCCAGCAUCUACGGAGCAGCAAGCGGAACAGCAGGCCUGGACUCGGUGCGUGUGGAGACUCAGGGCGGGCGAAGGAGGAUUCGGUUUGCCUCUGGAAUGGGCUUUUGAUCCCGGCCAGUGA